AUGAGCAAACCCUCCCAGCCCGGCGGUCGACCCAGUGCGAAGGGGCCAAAGUCCCCUAGGUCGCCCAAAACAGCGGCCGUGGUGAUAACAGCCGCUGACGGCGACUAUAAGGGAGCUGUGGAGAGGGCGCAGAAGGGCGUGGACAUCGACGCCCUGGGUAUAGCCGCCCCGCGAGUGAGGAGGGCCCUGAAGGGAGCCCCCAUUUAUGAGAUUCCGGGGCCGGAGUCCGCCACCAAGGCGGACGAACUGGCCUCCCGAUUAGAGAAGGUGUUUGAGGGGUCGAGGGUAAGGGUCACGCGGCCCCUCAAAAAGGUGGAACUGCGCGUCCGACGGCUGGACGACGCGGCCACCGUUGAAUUGGUGUCGCGGGCGGUCGCAGCCGCAGGAGGCUGCGACCCUUGCGACGUCGAUGUAAGGCCGAUCCAGAGGUCCUCAGACGGUCUGGGGACCUCUUGGAUCAGACUUCCUGCGUGUCUUAGGAGGGGGCACGUACAAGCGACGUGUCUUAGUCAAGAAGACCGCCAAGACCUGUGCUACAAGUGUGGCGCGGCGGGUCACCGAGCGCGGGGAUGCGCUGCUGACCCGAAAUGCCCCCUGUGCACGGGCCUCGGCAAAAGGGCGGACCACAGUCUGGGCGGCGCGGCCUGUGCUCCGCCCUCCAAGGGAGUGAAAAGUGGAGAUCAGAGGAGGGCGGAGAUGAGGACCCGGGUGGCCCCGUCGGCGAGAGCGGCGCCGAAGUCGCUGCCAGCCGAUGGGGGUAAAGGAGGGUCGGCUCCUCCGCGGGAGAAGGAGCCGAAACUCCAGAGGGUAGCCCGAGAAAAGGGCAAGAGCAAGGGCAAGGGAAAGGACAAGGACAAGGAUGAGAAGGGCUCGGAGGAGGCCGCCAUAGAUGUGGAGUAA